AUGUCACUACACUGCUGGAAAACUCCAACUGAACCCUUCCAAAGAGUUCACGUUGAUUUUGCUGGUCCCUUCAUGGACACAUAUUUCUUCAUACUAGUUGACGCUUACAGUAAAUGGCCGGAAAUUAAAGUGUGCAAAUCAAUAACUGCUGAGAGUACGGAAAACAUGUGUCGUGAUAUUUUUGGUACUUUCGGUAUUCCGUCGGUACUCGUGAGCGUCCAAUUCACUUCGGAAACGUUCCAGCUUUUCCUGCGGAUGAAUGGUAUAAUCCAUAAAAUGGGAGCACCGUACCACCCAGCAUCGAACGGACAAGCAGAGCGCUACGUUCAAACAUUUAAGCAGAAGUUGAAGGCAUUAAAAUGCUCCAAAUCCCAAAUAAACCCUGAACUGGCAAAUGUACUGCAAACUUAUAGGAAAAUGAUACAUCCCUCGACUGGAAAAUCACCUUCGAUGCUGCUGUUCGGUCGGCAGAUUCGAUCGAGACUCGAUUUACUAUUGCCGAAAAAUGAAGCGCAGAGGACCAAUUACCAAGUUCGACAGUUCUCAGAUGGUGAUCGGGUGCGUGUACGGGAUUUCUUAUCAAAUAAUAAAUGGAAAUUUGGUAGAGUUGCAGAAAAAGUCGGGAAACUACGGUAUGCAGUACGCUUGGACGAUGGUCGAAUUUGGGAACGACACAUCGACCACAUUGUGGGAGUAGGUGCUAAUUUGGGCGAGAACUCAUCUGACUAUAGUGUCAAGUCUGCUAUAGAGAACGAGGGUAAGAUUUCGAUUGUACCACCUGCUGCUAGUGCAACUGUAACUGCUGCGAAAGAUACUUGCACAGAUACCAUGGACUCAACUCUGGCGAUGGCCGUUCAACCUUCAAUUACUCCGACGGAAGCGGUUACGAAUGCGAUGGGAAGCCCUGUUACCGGAUUUCAAAGAGAAACUUUUGGGGAGAUUUCUCCAGCAUUACGGCGCUCCAGUCGCACAAUUAAUCCUCCCAAGAGAUUAAAUCUGUAA